CACUGCUGACAGAAUUGGGAGGGAGACAGAGGGAGUCAAAGCCUCCCGGGCCAGCCGUCCCAUUUUACUGCUUGACUCAGCCUGGAGUGUCAGAACCCAUCUCGGCCUGCAUUCUCUGGGCUUUGCACCGUGGGGCCAGUCGCUCCCAACGGCCAGCCAGCUGAGUGGAACAGGGGUCUAGCUAGGGUGGACCAGCAGGGCUCUGCCCGUUGGGGUGACUUUCCAACAUCAUCUCCAGUGUAUUUUAUUUAACAGUACAGCGCUUGUGGUGGGACUCAAAGAGGGGAAAGCUUUGAUUGCUUUUUUUUUUUGUGUGUGUGUGUGUGUGUCUUCUUUUUCUUCUGGUGAUCUGGAUUUGUUUCCUCGGGCCCCUCCCCUUGUUCUGUUCUUUCUCACUCCCGCCUUUGGCGAAGUGACACAGGCGACACCUGCUCGCUGGUGUCUGCUGCUGGAACUCGCACCUCCACUGUGGUGAAGGUGCCGGCGCGCUCGUGACUGGGGGGACAGACAGCAGAGGGUUCCCUCCCUUGGAGCACACGAUGCCGAGAGUGGCGGCGGGUGGGCUGCGAGGAGCUCGACCGCCCGGCUGCGCUUGAGGGCGCGAUCGAGGGGCUGCAGCUGGCGGGGAGUUGCUGCUAAGUGGACGCGACUCGACGGCGCCCAGGUGUCAGAGAGGGCACCCGCGGGACCCGAGUGCGAGCUGCGGGAACGCAGGCGUCUCACGGGGAGGACGCCGGCCGAACGCACGGCCCGCGAGCCUGCUCAGAACCGCUCCACACCGGAGCCUGCAGACCUGGGAGAGUCGGGGAACUCGAGGAGUGCUCGGCGGCGGCGGCGGCGGCGGCGGCUGCUCUGCUGAAGGUGAAUCACCGCGUCCAAUUGCCUUUCCCUAGAGAACCCGGGGGAGGGCGGGAGAGGGGGAACGUGUGAGCGCGCGUUUGUGUGCAAGGGAGAGACGACGCGGGGCGAGAGGAAAAGUCCUCGCUCCACGCUCAAAGCAAACAAAUCGGAGAUGGAAUAAGAGCGGCGGUGGCUGGAGCCCGCCUGGAUCCUCGCAGUCGCGGGAGCCGAGCGCACCGCGCGCAGCGCAUCGCCGGGGACAGCGGGCGACCGCGGGCGCCGCCGGGGGCUGCGGAGACUUUGUUUCUCCCUCUCGGUCGAGGAACCUUCUGAUUACUUUGACACUGUGGGAUAAAGAGCAGAGCCCAGGAACCGGCCUCGCGCGCUGCACCUUCCUCUUGCUUUGGGGAGGGGGACCCCGGCUUGUAUGUGAAGACACUGCCGAGCCCCCUUUAGCCUUCGGAGGAAGCGGCACUCACACGCGCACGCAGGGCCACACUCGCUCGCCCUCCGUGAACACACACCGGCGGACCUGAGGUCCCUAUGCCCCUGGAUGGUGCCAGCGGACCGGCAUCUCGGAAGCGAUGCAGGAGCGGUGAGGCUGGCGUCAGCCCGCGGAAGCUACAGGACCAUCGCUAGGUGCUGCCGCCACCGGGACGCCCGGCUGCAGGAUGAAUAAGAGAUACUUACAGAAAGCAACACAAGGAAAGCUUCUGAUAAUUAUUUUUAUUGUGACCUUGUGGGGGAAAGCUGUUUCCAGCGCCAACCAUCAUAAAGCUCACCAUGUUAGAACUGGGACUUGCGAGGUGGUGGCGCUGCACAGAUGCUGUAAUAAGAACAAGAUAGAAGAACGGUCCCAAACCGUCAAGUGCUCCUGCUUCCCGGGGCAGGUGGCGGGCACUACACGAGCUGCUCCGUCUUGUGUGGAUGCAUCCAUAGUGGAACAAAAAUGGUGGUGUCAUAUGCAGCCAUGCCUGGAGGGAGAGGAAUGUAAAGUCCUUCCAGAUCGCAAAGGAUGGAGCUGUUCCUCUGGAAACAAAGUAAAAACAACUAGGGCAAACGUGUAAAAAUCUUCACGUUGGAAUGGAGCAAUAGAAAGAGAAGGUUUCUGCUGUGCCUGAUGACAAUUUUUGAUUUUCCACAUUCAAAAUUAUUCUGGCUCCACGCUGGAGCAGUAGUUAUGGCGAAUCCUAGUGUUGGUCGGAUUCUGAGGAAGGGGCAGAAGUUUCCUUGAGAAGUAAAGAUUCCAAACAACUCCAGAAAUGAGCGCCUGUCUCCUUUCAUUUCUCACAGAGCAGCAGGUAACCCAUUAACUACUCCUAAAUCAAGUAAUCCUCAUGGCCGGGUUCAUGGAGACACAAGAAUAGAACUUGGACUCCUGCAGUGACCUUGAAGAUUUUUAUACCGCUUAGAUGAGACAUUUAAAACCCAUUUCCAAGGGACUAUAUGGCUUGUCAUCUACUUCUUACUGAAACUAAGACUUUAAAGAAGUCUGAAGUGAACACUGGGGCCUGAAGACUUUAUUGGCUGUGAAGUAUGCUUGGCUCAAGACACUUCUGAGGGAAGCGGACACUGUUCUCCACGGAGCUGGGACAGAGUUGGUUUUCUGGAGUGGCACCAGAGACUGUCACCUGUAAAGUUCCUGGCUUCAGCUGUGACUGUUCUUAUGUCUAAAGCUGUCUCCCAAGCUCACUGUCCUGUCAUGGAUGUGCUCCUCGCUCCUUUGUUCCUUGUCCAGUAGGACUGUGCACAGCUUUGACGUCCCCUUCGCAAACUCUUCCAGCAUGGCAAAAACAGGGACAAUUUUAUUGGUAUUCUAACCUUGAAACUCUGAAAGCCUACAUGUUUUGAUGUCUUACUCUGGCCUCUGUGAAAGAAAUAGAAGUAUUUACCCAUUGAUAAUGAUAAUCAUUGGCAAAUCACAGUGAUCUGAAUACAUCCCUCACAUAAGAAUGUGUAGGCGACCUGACAUGUUUCCCCAAGGCUAAACAUGUGGCUGCAGCUCUCUGACAGUUGAACAGAUAGCAGUUAGGACUGAAUUCCAAUUCCCAUUACACAGUACUCUGUGCCUCUAGUGCACCCUUCCUUCCAGAGGUUUUUUUUUUUUUUUAUUUUAAGUGUACUUUCUUUUUUUAUAUUUCUUUUUACUUUCCUUCACAGAAGUCACCAGUGUACAGUCAAGUUAGCAGAGAGCUUUUGAUUUAAAAAAAUAAAACUCGCCAGGGACGCAUGUACUUCUCUAGUUUCUCAUCACUUAUAUUUCUUCUUGCAUUUUCUUAAACUAUCCUUUCUGUCUCAUUUCAAGAUCAUCUCCUGCUCGAUUCCCAUGAGUGCUUGAAUGCUUAUAUAUUUGUUCAGUCUGUGGAUAGAAAAACAAACAAACAAACAAACCCUGUUGAUUUUCCUUGACCACAAAGGUCUAAAUACUUGCUUACACUUGUUCCAUUCAAACAAUUCUUGGCCAGUAUUUGGUCCAUAUUUUCACGGCCAUCCUAAAACUUGUGAUUCUUAGUUCUUUGUGAUUUUGUCUUACAAAUAUUUAAAGGCCUUAAACAUUGAUUUACCUUUUUCUAAGUUAUUACAGAAUGUAUAAUUUUGUACUGCAUUUAUUUUGUUUCACUUGUGAUGUGGGGGAAGGGAACAGUGGAUACUGAGCUGCCACCCCAUAAUAAUAAUACCAUGUAAACCUAUAGUUUGAAGGCAUAUAAAGGCAAGGGUUUUUCCAUGUCUUAAUUAUUUUAGCUUGAUCAAAAUAUGUGUUUCACAGAUCAUCCUAUUAGGUGGUCCACCAUUUUAGUAAAAGAGUGAAGCUGCUUGGGAAUUUUUGUACUUCUAGAACUCACUGACAAAGCCAGUUAACCUUAGGUUGGCUUCUAGGAUGGAAGUUCACAUAUUCUAGAGAAGAAUUUGUAUCUGUUAGUCUAUAACAAUACUCAAAGGGUCACAUAUUAAGUAGAACCUUUAGUUGGAAGAACAGCUAAAAGUGUAAAAAUCUGUUAAAAAUUAAAUUGGAAAACGACACUUUUAAUAUUGAGUGAAAGUCAACCGCCUCAUGAAAAUGUGGAAUGAAGUGAUUCCUGGAGUACUUUUAAUUGCAUAAAACCACUUGGGUAGUUCAACAUGGGUUUCAUGAUGGGUCAAGUUUUAAAGCAGUCCAAAUGAAAGGAGUAACAGUUGUGCUGGAUUUUCUCUGUCAAACAAAUUAUCAGUACUUUCUUUGGUACAAAAUGAAAACUAUCAUUUUGGAUAUUAUGGCUUUAUCCUAGGCUUGUUUGAAAUUAUGGAUCAUGUUUCUCAUUUUGAAAAGUAUAUCAUUUAAAACAAACUGGAAAUUCUGUAUUAUAUAAAAGUGUAAUACAUGCGUAUCAAUAGACAAAAUAAAUGGAAUUUCAAUUAUAUGAACUAGAAUAUUCCCAGUAGAUUAAUGUUGUGACUAUUCAGAAAAAAAUAAAUAAAAUUGGAAUAUAAAAUGGACUCACUUUCACAAGUACAAUUUGGAAAAUCUGGUUUCUUGUAUCCUAUUUUAAAAGCACCCUAGUCAGUAACCCAGGCAGCUCUGAAUUUAGAUGGAAGCUGGCAAAGUUUUCAAUCCUCUUUUAAUAAAGUUCUCUGCUUAACUU